UUCAAUUUCUCAUGAUCCGGAACCACAGCCGACCUUGGGUAUCCGCCUCCUCCGUACUCCCCCCCCCACCCCUUUCCCCCCAAGCUGCGAGUUUCCGGUAGGAAACAGGACGACGACAAGACGACAUCCGGACACCAGGGUAAUGCCGAAAAAGAGACACGUAAACAAAUACUCCAAGCCGCAAUCCACCGCGCCCGCGUUGCUCGGCAGCACGGCCGCCCGCAGAAACAACCGCCACCAUGAUGACGCAUCCGAAAGCCGCGGGGUCAACGAGCUACUCGCCGGUCUUCGCCGCGCCGGCGUGAGCGGCGGCGGACAGCAAGCGCCGGAUGUUGUCCGGCCGACCGUCCCGCCCACCAUCCGCCAGCUCCUCCAGAUCCCCGAGACACCGCCGCCUCGCCCGCGGGUGCCUGUCCGCGUCGGCGGCCGGGGAAACGCACGGCUUCCGGCAGGCCCGCCGCCGCCGCACAGCUGGCUAUCUGGGGCCGAACGCGCCGGGAAUGUCCUUCAGCGCUCGGCGAUAGAGUAUGGAGCGGCCGACACUCAUGAGCAGCCGCCGCUGCCGGGAGUGGACUUGCCGGCACGCGGGAGUCUGAUUGACAUGGUGUUGCGCCGGUUUGUCCUCGACUGGGAGUGGCAGAAAAGGUACUGCCAGUAUCAUCUUUAUGAGCUCCCGACUCAUCUACGGGUCGCCCUGAUUGCUUACCUUGUCACCUACACCCGCGAGGGUGUGUCUCUGCGAGAUCUACAGGCCGUCCUCCUCCCCCCGCCGGAUGUGCCCGAGUACCAGGAGGACCCGGAUCUCGCCCCUAGCGUAAUGAACGAUUCCUUCCACUAUCUCAACCUAUCCGGGUCAGUUGGGCGAUCCCUAAAGCUCCGCGAAUUGUCCGACUUCCUCUUCCCUCCUCAAUCCGGAGAUAUCGACCCGCAGGAGUCCUGGGACACGCCCGAGCAGUUCUCGGCCGGCAUCCCACGACCGCUACUCACCAACCUUACCCACCUCUCGCUCGCGCUGGACCCCGCCUCCUCGCAAACCAUCUCCUGGCGGCACCUGCUCGCCUUCGCAACGCACCUGCCCGGGUUGACGCACCUGAGCCUGGCAUUCUGGCCGGAGCCGACUCUGACGCCGAAUGCCAAACUGGCUACGGUGUUGUCGCCGCAAACCGGCCGUACCAUCCAGUACGGCGGGACAGGGCCCUACAGCCACUCCCUCGAUGACGACUGGGUCGAGCAGAUCCUGAUCCUGCGCCGGCUCAGCCGGAGCCUGUACGGGCUCGAGUACCUCGACCUCACGGGGUGCGGCGCGUGGUUCCCCGCGCUGUGGGCCAAUGCCGGCGAGGGCGACACGGUGGACUGGACGGGGGCGUGGGGCAAGAUCACCACACUGGUCAUGUAUCCUGGCUAUCGGUUGUGGGAGGAUGCCGGGGUGGCGGAGGAGUCGCGGUACUGGGAGUUGGUGGAUUAUGCGCGGCGGGUGGAGCGACAUGUGAGGACGCGGAGGGCUGGGCAGGGCAGGUUCGUUACUGUGGAAACGUGUAAGCGACCCGGGGAGAUAUAGACAUAUAGAUAGACGGUAAAUAUGGCGCUUGGCCGUUUUACUCCCAGACUCUUCCUUUUGAUGUGAUG